CCGUGUAAAGAUGAGUCCUCAGCAGAACGGACAAGAUGAACGGGAGCCUUUACUGCAGAACGGUCACGUUGAUGGCGGAGAAGGCGGGGAUAGUCGCGAGGUCAUCUCGUUCUCAGAGAAUGAUGCAAGUGACCCGAGACAGUGGCCAAGGAGAAGAAAGAUGAUCAAUGUAGGCAUUAUUGCCUUGAUGGCCAGUAAGUCGUAUCAUGUCCUUGUUGUUAGGAUGNUCCUUUCUCCUCUGGCAUCAUCCAUGUUUAGUCCUGGUAUUCAACAGAUAGCCGAUGAUCUCAACACCACCAAAGAUGCUGUGAUUGCCUGCACCACUGGCUUUGUCAUUAUGCUGGGUAUUGGACCUCUUAUCCUGGCUCCCCUUUCUGAAACUUUUGGAAGAAGGAAUGUCUACAUUUACUGCUACACUGCAUUCUCUAUCCUUCAAAUUCCGUCCGCGCUAGCUCCUAACAUUGCCACUUUGAUAGCUGUCAGAACUAUCUCAGGCUUCUUCGGUGCUGUGGCUAUCGCAAACGGUUUGUUAAAUCUGAUCCUUCUUGUUGAAAGGCUCAUGCUAACAUUUUAUANNGGUGGUGGCACGAUUUCAGACAUGUUUGUACCAGAAGAAAGAGCUGGUAUCUUCGGAUGGUAUCUUCUUGGUCCUCUACUCGGACCCACACUCGGUCCUCUGUUUGGCGGCAUCAUAGUGCAACGAGCAGGCUGGCGCUGGAUCUUCUGGACCACCACAAUCAUCUGCACCAUCAACACUGUAGUCGGCUACUUCUUCCUGCACGAGUCCUACGCGCCUGUUUUGCUAAGUCGGAAAAAGGCCAGCAUGGAGUCUGAAGAAGGAACUUCCGGCAAAUACCGCUUCGAAGGCGAAGACGACAGACCAUUGAGCAGGAAACUCGCUCACUCGCUGAAGAGACCUUUCAGAAUCAUCACGCAGCCGAUCGUGCUCAUCAUGAGUGCCUACCAAGCUCUCAUCUUCGGAACGACCUACAGCAUCUACACAAACAUGCAAGCCAUUUUUGAAGGCGACUAUGGCUUCAACACUGAACAAGUCGGUCUUCUCUACCUCGGUCCUGGUCUUGGCUUCCUGACUUCUGUCUGGUUCUUGGUGCCCCAAAUCGAUCGCGUGUACAAGAAACUUGGCGAACGCAACAAGUGCGAUCCAGUCCCUGAAUACCGUCUCCCUCUGGCAAACAUCGGUGCCGUGCUAAUCCCAAUCUCUCUCUUCUGCUUCUUCUGGGCUGUGGAGAAACAUGCACACUGGGCUCUUUGCAUCACCGCGACCUACUUCUAUGGUGUAGGCCAGGUUAUGAUUCUCAACUGCACGCAAAACUACUACAUCGACUCGUUUGAAAAGUAUGCUGCUUCUGCUAUUGCUGCUGGUGCAGUGUUCAGAAGUUUGUUUGGUGGUGUGGUACCUUUGAUUGCGCCUUCGUUGUUCAAAAGCUUGGGCUAUGGAUGGGGAGGUAGUGUGUUUGGAUUCCUUUCGCUGGCUAUUGCUCCUGCACCUCUUCUGUUCUACAGAUAUGGUGGCAUGAUCAGAGAGAAGUUUAAGAUCGAGCUG